CGCCCGUCCGACCCCGCGCGCCGCGCCGCCGCCGCGACCACCGAGCGCCAUGAACCAGAUCGAGCCUGGUGUGCAGUACAACUACGUCUACGAGGAUGACGAAUACAUGAUCCAGGAGGAGGAGUGGGACCGCGACCUGCUCCUCGACCCCGCCUGGGAGAAGCAGCAGAGGAAGACCUUCACCGCCUGGUGUAACUCCCACCUCAGGAAAGCUGGCACUCAGAUCGAGAACAUCGAGGAAGAUUUCCGGAAUGGCCUUAAGCUCAUGCUACUUUUGGAAGUCAUCUCAGGGGAAAGGCUGCCCAAACCUGACCGAGGAAAAAUGCGCUUCCACAAAAUCGCUAAUGUCAACAAAGCCUUGGAUUACAUAGCCAGCAAAGGUGUGAAGCUGGUGUCCAUCGGGGCAGAAGAAAUUGUUGAUGGCAACGUGAAGAUGACGCUGGGUAUGAUCUGGACCAUCAUCCUGCGCUUUGCUAUUCAGGAUAUUUCAGUUGAAGAAACCUCUGCCAAAGAAGGCCUGCUACUUUGGUGUCAAAGGAAGACCGCUCCUUAUAGAAAUGUGAACAUUCAGAACUUCCAUACCAGCUGGAAAGACGGCCUUGGACUCUGUGCGCUCAUCCACAGACACCGGCCCGACCUCAUUGACUACUCAAAGCUGAACAAGGAUGACCCAAUAGGAAAUAUCAACCUGGCCAUGGAAAUAGCAGAGAAGCACCUGGAUAUUCCCAAAAUGUUAGAUGCAGAAGACAUUGUGAACACUCCCAAGCCCGAUGAAAGAGCUAUCAUGACAUACGUUUCCUGCUUCUACCAUGCUUUCGCGGGCGCGGAGCAGGCCGAGACAGCGGCUAACAGGAUAUGUAAGGUUCUUGCUGUGAAUCAAGAGAAUGAGAGGCUGAUGGAAGAAUAUGAGAGGCUAGCGAGUGAGCUUUUGGAAUGGAUUCGGCGCACGAUCCCCUGGCUGGAGAACCGGACUCCUGAGAAGACCAUGCAGGCCAUGCAGAAGAAGCUGGAGGACUUCCGGGAUUAUCGCCGGAAGCACAAGCCUCCCAAGGUGCAGGAGAAGUGCCAGCUAGAGAUCAACUUCAACACCCUGCAGACCAAGCUGCGGAUCAGCAACCGGCCGGCCUUCAUGCCCUCCGAGGGCAAGAUGGUGUCGGACAUUGCGGGCGCCUGGCAGCGGCUGGAGCAGGCGGAGAAGGGCUACGAGGAGUGGCUGCUGAACGAGAUCCGGAGGCUGGAGCGCGUGGAGCACCUGGCUGAGAAGUUCCGGCAGAAGGCAUCCACGCAUGAAACCUGGGCGUACGGCAAAGAGCAGAUCUUGCUGCAGAAGGAUUACGAGUCGGCAACCCUGACGGAAGUCCGGGCUCUGCUGCGGAAGCACGAGGCCUUCGAGAGCGACCUGGCGGCGCACCAGGACCGCGUGGAGCAGAUUGCCGCCAUCGCCCAGGAGCUCAAGUACGUGCUGCCCGCGGGCGCUGCCGCUGACAUGGAGCCCUGGGUCCGAGCGAGGACCCCGCUGAGAGCUUCCCCAGGCAUUCCUCGGGAGGGGGCCGUGGGGCCCGCCUUCCCUGUCCUGUCCCAAAACGUCGAUCCAAGCCAGAGGAUGCUGUG